ACACAAAAAUAUAAAAAACUGUUUCGGAGACAAUGUGUCCCGUGUCCAUGUCUCUGCUUCCAAAUAUAUUUUAAACAUGUACUAUCCAUAUCUCUGUGUCUUGUCUCCGAAAAUAAACGCUACCUUAGUAAACUUUUUUUCACUUUACAACAAAUAAUAAUAUACAAAUUAAACCCAUCAGAAAAAAUAAUAUACAAACUAAACACUCAGCCAAAUCAAAUGAAACAAACGCAUAACCCUCACCCUUGUUAGCUUUUUCUUUCUUCGUGCCACUCAUCACCCCAAAUUAGAGAAGACUUUGCCAUCACCACUCACCACUCUAGGAAGACUCUGCACUCACUCAUCUUCACCACUCACAACGUUGUCACUCGUCUUCACCGUACCAUCGCUUCGCUUCACUGUGCACUCACAUCAGGACGACGCUGCACUCAACUGAAAACCUCUCUUCAUUCGCUCACCAUCGUCGAGAAGAUUGAAGUUUUUGGUUAAAGCUCCCACGUGGAUUUUGUCAAAACAUUGAUCGUGUCAUGGCAAGGUACAAUGCAUACUUUUUCUUUUCAAUUUUUUAUUACGCUCUUAAUUCAUGUGUAGCUCCACCUUGAUUAUUUUAUUAGUUAUGAAGUUGCAAUUUAACUUAUUAUUUAUGCACUAUAAAUUCUUUGUUUUUCUUUUUUUGUUUUGCUUCAGCGAGUUUCUAGUAAAAUGUUUAGAGAAUUACUUCUAAGACUAGGAACUAUUUUCUGACCAAACUACAAGACUAUGAGCCCCUUAUAUUUCAUAACACCCUUCCUCCUCUACUCUUAUUAUAUUCACUUUAUGACCCCUUAUAAAUUUUCCUCCAAAAAAAUUUAAUAAUUAUCAAUUAGGUUUUGGGAUAUGCCGAAGGAUUGGAUGGAUCUACCGAGGUAUAGAAAAGAGUAUAUCAAUGGUGUUAUUAGUUUCUUAGAGUUUGCAUACUCUGAGGGAGAACCGGACGGACAACAAAUUCAAUGUCCUUGUAAGAGGUGUUGUAAUAUUGAGUGGUAUAGAAGAGAUGUGGUAUUUGACCAUUUAGUAGCCGACGAAUUUGUUAAGGGAUAUAGAACAUGGAUCAAUCACGAGGAAUGGACAAUCCCGAUGGUGGUUGAUGAUGACACGGAUGAUGAAGAAGGUGCAUGCGAUGACAUCGAAAGACUGCUUAAUGAUGCAUUUGGAGAUCACGCUGAGGGUGUUACUGCAGGUCAAAAUGAAGAGGCUAAAAAGUUUUAUAAUUUAAUAGAUGGGGCAAGUCAAAAGUUAUACUCGGGCUGCAAGAAAUUUUCUACAUUAUCUUUUACCAUCCGCCUGUACUUGUUAAAGUGUUUGCACGGUUGGAGUAAUGCCUCCUUCACUUCCCUUCUUGAGCUAUUGAAAGAGGCAAUGCCUGACAUUAACAUACCUCCAUCUUUCCAUAAGACGAAGGCUAUGAUAAGAGAUUUAGGUCUGGAUUAUAAAAAAAUCGAUGCUUGUCCUAAUGAUUGCCUCCUGUAUAGGAAAGAACUAAAGGAUGAAACACAAUGUUUUGUGUGUGGAACAUCUCGAUAUACUGAAAAUUCUAGUGAUAAUAGCGAGAACCAACCUCACAAGAAAGGUCGUCCUAUUCCUGCAAAGACUUUGAGAUACUUUCCUAUAAUUCCAAGACUUCAGAAAUUAUUUAUGUGCUAAAAAACGGUAGCUAGUCUGAGGUCGCAUGAUGAGGAGCGCGUUAAAGAUGGGACGUUAAAGCAUCCUGCAGAUGGCCUAACAUGGAAGAACUUUGAUGAAAUGGAUGAAGAUUUUGCAAAAGAAUCACACAAUAUUAGACUAGGCUUGUCAAGUGAUGGGUUUAACCCAUUUCAUAGCAUGAAUAUUUCAUGGAGCACGUGGCCCGUGAUGUUGAUGGUAUACAACUUGCCUCCGUGGAUGUGCAUGAAACCUGAAUAUUGUAUGCUUUCUUUGCUUAUUCCUAGGCCACAAUCAUCUGGCAAAGAUAUUGACGCGUAUCUACAACCAUUGAUAGAGGACUUGAAGUUGUUGUGGGAAAUAGGGGUGGAAACUUAUGAUGCAUCAAAGAAUGAGACCUUUCAAAUGUGGACAACUCUUUUGUGGACAAUCAACGAUUUUUCUGCGUAUGCUAUGUUGUCUGGGUAGAGUACAAAGGGAAAGUUGGCUUGUCCUUGUUGCAACAAGAAUACCUCUUCUCUACAACUAAAACAUAGUCGAAAGACAGUUUAUAUGGACCAUCGUGUCUUUUUACCCAUGGAUCAUCCAUGGAGAACCAAUACAAGGUCUUUUAAUGGGAAGCAGUAAUUAAGAUCCCCUCCACCUGUUAUAGAAGGAACGAAAAUUUUUGAGUUACUACAAAAUAUUGAGAAUAUUUUUGGGAAGAAGCAAAAUACGUCAAAUAGUUUCCCAUGGAAUUGGAAAAAAAGAUCAAUUUUCUUUGAAUUGCCUUACUGGCACAAGAACCUACUGCAUCACAACUUAGAUGUCAUGCACAUAGAGAAGAACAUACUUGAUAGUGUAAUUGGAACUCUUUUGGAUAUCCCACGAAAGACAAACGAUCAUUUGAAUGCUCGAUAUGACUUAAAAGAUCUGGGGACCUGGAAAAAACUUCAACCAAAGGAGGUGAAUAAUGGCAAGAGAACAAAGUUGGCAAAGGCAUGCUUUUCUAUGACUGCUGCAGAGAAGUCAAUUUUUUGUGAUAUUUUGAAGACAACAAAGCUACCUGAUGGUAGUGCUUCGAAUAUAUCACGGUGUGUACAUCUAGGAGAAAGAAAAAUUUCUGGGUAUAAGACCCACGAUGUUCAUUUUUUGAUACACUAUUAUUACCAAUACUGAUUAAAAGCAUCCUUUCUGAUCACGUGGCCAUUCCGUUGAUUCGACUAAGUUCCUUUUUUGUCGCUUAUGCAAAAAGUUCAUCACACUGGAAGAGAUAGAUCGACUAGAAUUUGAGAUUGUGGAAACAUUAUGCCACUUUGAGAUGAUCUUUCCCCCUAGUUUUUUUGACAUAAUGGUUCAUCUUCCCGUUCAUUUAGCAAAUGAGGUGAGAUUUGGUGGUUCGGUACAGUUUCGUUGGAUGUAUCCUCCAGAUAGGUACAUGUGUACAUUAAAGUCAUAUGUAUGCAACAAAACUCACCCCGAAGGUUCUAUUGCUGAGGCAUAUCUGGCUAAAGAGUGCUUAACUUUCUGCUUACGAUACUUGCAUGGAGGUGUGCGAACAAGGCUUAAUAAGCGACCUCGGAAUGAUGAUGAUCCUAACGACGACGAAGUUUUGCCGUCAAAGUUGUUUUCUAACAAAGGUCGUUCAUUAGGCGUGGGAAAUGGAGAACCAAUUAAUCUCGAUGACAUAUCAAGUGCUCAAGCCCAUGUGUAUGUAUUACACAAUUGUGAAGAAGUCGCAGAUUAUGUUAGGUAACUUAAUAUAACUUAUGUUUAUUCACUAAAUCAAGUGCGUUUAGAUUUUUUCCGAUCAAACAUAACUAUUAUUAACUACAGAGAGCAUGAGGAUCAGGUUAACAAUUAGCGGGGAACGAAAUGGAGAAAAGCAAAAGUUCAUAGUAAAACCUUCUCGCAGUGGUUUGAAACUCGGGCGAGGGAUCCAAAUGUGCCUAUUUGGCUAAAAGAAUUAUCUUGAGGUCUAAGCUCUGUUGCAAGAAGAUUUUCUGGAUAUAUAAUUAAUGGAUAUAGGUUUCACACUGUAGAGCGUGAGGCAAGGAGAAAAACACAAAAUAGUGGUGUCACAUUAACUGCUUUAACUUCAAGCUUUGCAAGUGCUAAAGAUAAAAGUCCAAUUGAAGAAACUGUAGCUUAUUAUGGCAGGUUGUUUGAGAUAGUAGAGUUAGACUAUUUUGGACGUUUUAAGGUUGUAUUGUUUCGGUGUGAGUGGUAUGAUGCUGGGAGAGAUAAGUAUGGUCUUACAUUUGUUCACUUGAAUAAGAAAUGCUACCAGAAUGAACCUUUCAUACUAGCACCUCAAGCACAUCAAUGUUUUUAUGUGCAAGAUCUAUAUGAACAUAACAUUAUGUUAUGGAAACUAUCCCAAGAGACUUAUUCAAAACAAAUGACGAAUCUGAAUCUGAGGCCCAUCAAACCUUCUUUAGUGAACAACACGAGCAUAUAACGAGCCCUGCCAUACCAGCUGAUGAUGGUGAACUUAUUCUGGAGAGGAAUGAUCUACAACCUACAGUUAUUGAAACGGUUUCCCAAGUGACUUCCGCCCAAGAAUAUGAGGCAGAUUUCAUUGGAGAUUCUGAUUCCGAUGGGUUAGCCUAAGCAAUUUAUUGCUUAAUAUGUACAUAUGUAUAACUAAGUUUUCUUCACCUUUUUAUUUGUAAGUCAUUUUUGUUUUAAUUUCUCAUUUUGUUAGUGUUUCUUAUAGGAUAUGUCACUUUAUUGCUUAUAUUAACUCGAGUUAACUAAUUUAUUU